UGUGUUGAAUCUCAAUAACAACUUACAUUCCUUACAUUGAGCAACAUUGGACUUGGACGGGCAACUAAACACCUAAACAGGACAACAACAACUAUAAGUGACCAGUGAGCGCGACCAAAGUCAAAUUAAUAGCACACCGAUUUUAUUAAUAAAGACUGAGUGCCCCCAAACAUGGACACAAAGACGAAUGUUCGACAAUUGCUUUCAAGCCUUGUCAACGCUGGUGGAACUCACAAGGACCAGGCCGAAAAAUACCGUCAAAUACUUGAUAACAUUUUAAUUGGCCAAGGAGAAGAUUUGGUGGAAGGACUGAAAGCUUUCAUUGAAGCCAUUGUCAAUGAAAAUGUGAGUCUUGUCAUAUCACGACAACUCCUCACUGACGUCUGCAGUCAUCUUCAAAAACUUCCUGAGGAGAUAUCAAAAAAUGUGUCUCACUUUACUCUGGAUAAAGUUCAGCCAAGAGUGAUUUCAUUCGAAGAGCAAGUAGCCAGCAUCCGUCAGCACCUAGCUGAAAUCUAUGAAAAAAAUCAAAACUGGAGAGAUGCUGCCAAUGUGCUUGUUGGAAUUCCACUUGAAACUGGACAGAAACAAUACUCAGUCGAGUACAAACUAGAGACUUACUUGAAGAUUGCCCGUCUCUAUCUGGAGGAUGACGAUCCCGUUCAAGCUGAAGCUUUCAUAAACAGAGCAUCACUCCUUCAGGCUGAGUCCAAAGACCAACAGCUUCAAAUUUUGUACAAAGUUUGCUACGCCAGAGUGCUGGACUACAGACGCAAGUUUAUCGAGGCAGCCCAGAGAUACAAUGAGCUGUCAUAUAAAACAAUAAUCCACGAAGAUGAACGAUUGACUGCACUGAAGAAUGCCCUGCUAUGCACGAUUCUUGCGUCUGCCGGCCAGCAAAGAAGCAGAAUGCUAGCAACACUAUUCAAAGACGAGAGAUGCCAAACUCUCCCCGCCUUCAGCAUUUUGGAGAAAAUGUACUUGGACAGAAUAAUUCGACGAUCUGAGUUGUCCGAGUUUGAGAACCUUUUGCUUGCACACCAGAAGGCUGUUGUUGCUGACAAUUACGGUUACGGCAAGGGUGGGAGUGCUACCAUCCUGGACCGCGCCGUCAUUGAACACAACCUGCUCUCAGCCAGCAAACUCUACAACAACAUUACAUUUGAAGAACUUGGUGCCCUACUGGAAAUUCAUCCGCAGAUGGCCGAAAAGAUUGCCAGCCAGAUGAUCACAGAGGGUCGCAUGAAUGGAUACAUUGACCAAAUCGACUCGAUUGUCCAUUUCGAGACUCGCGACGUCCUUCCAACCUGGGACAAGCAAAUCCAAUCGCUCUGCUACCAGGUUAACCAGAUCAUUGAGAAAGUUUCCAACGUCGAGGGCAAUUGGAUGGCCAAGGCCAUGGAUGAACAGAUGAUUCAUUAAAUCCUAUUAUCAUGUCCCCUCUUAAAUUUAUAAUAAAGACACCAGCAAAAAUCUCCAAAUGAAA